UCCCUCGAAGAAAAUGGAGGACUUGUUUUCGCUUGUUUGUAAAUGUAUUAUACGUAGUUGUUUUCGUGUAUUCGUUUUACAGUAAUGACUUUUGUAUAUCGAAAUUUAUCUAAUUUGAAGAUAAUUUUUCCUGCAGUGUUAGUUUUGUUAUAAAAAUACUUUUUAUUAUUUUUGAGCAAUGGCGGAAGAUCAAACACAACAAACACGAGUGCUUGUUAUAAAUGGACAAACUAUUAUAGUUCAAGGUGGAACUGAAAGUAACUCUUUAAAUGAAAUAAACACUGAUUUAAUACAACAAGCUUUACAAGAAGUAUCUGAUGGUUCUGCUACUGUUGUAGAUGAUAGCAAUACGUAUAUCACGCCUGAUGCGCAUGCUGAUGAAGGUAGCAAUAACAACAUUGUUGGGUUAGCUAUCUUGCAAGGGGAGCAGGGUGAUACAACAACAAUACAACUAACUGCCGAACAAGCAGAAGCAUUAGGCUUAAGUUUCGCGAAUGGGGAGCCCGUUCUCAAAGAAGAGGAUGAAAAUGAUGGAGGCGAAAAUAUGUUAAUUACUGAUGCUUCAGGAGAGCAUCAUUUGAUUUACACAGACGGGUCCCUUAAAGACGAGCAUGGAUUCGUAUUCGAUACUGGUUCGAAUAAUGAUGCAUGUUCAAAAAUGGUUUCCGUGGAAAAUGAUCACGAAAGUGUGGGUGCACAGACAGGCUCAGACUCGUUGAGUGUUUUGUCGACUCCUGUGGGUGCUUUUCUUGGGAGUAAUUCAAACCAGCCUUUGUCUUUGAUACCACAGAUAGUAAAUGGCCAGGUUACUUAUACUGUCAAAAUUCACGAUGAUGGUGGAAAAGGUAGUACACCGGACCAUUUGGAUGAAAAUAAUGAUUUUAUAAAUGAUAGUGUUUCUGUGAAUACAAUAACAACAUCAUCUUUUGAACACUCAGAGAAUGGUAACAUUACCAGUUACGUUACUUCCUCUAUACCAUCCCUUAGUUAUGGUUCGACAGUAUCUACACCUGUAUCAAUUCAGACUUUGUCGAUGGGAGAGUACCAAACUCAGAAUGUAGAGCCCGGAAGUAUUCUAACAGAUAGUCAGACAAACAUAUCAUACGUUAUUUUGCCAUCAUCUAGUACUGGUGAUGAAGCUUCUGUUGUGGCGAAGCCAUCCAUACCCGUUCAACAAGUGCCUGCAUUUGUGCCGUUUCCUCCGGUAGCCUCAUCUAAUCAGAUCUCGGCGAGUGAUGCUCAGGGUAGCAGCAUCAGUGAGGUUUACUCUACAGUUACAGCUGUCGAUACUAGUGGCGAAGCUGCCACACCAGCAAGUUCACCUGCAUCCAAAUCUGUGGUUGGAAUCCCCAUAGCCAGCAUGAGCUCUGAUGUGGAGCCCAUCGUAUCCGGCACUCUGUCAUCUGUAACAGGUUCGCUGGCCGGCGGGCUGAUUCGAGUGGUAUCGUCAAAUGACCGCAACUUGCUUCAGCCGAACGUCUCCGGCGGCAAGUUCACCAGUAUCCUGUCUUCGACGGGCCGGUUGAUCCCUUCCAUCACUUCCGCACCCAAAUUGGCAUCUAAACCUGCAGCCAUCAACUCCACCACACCUAAAAUUACUGUGACGUAUCCAAGGUCGUACUCAGGUGCUACGAAGGUGGCAAGUACGCCGACAAUCUCUUCAGCCGCUCAGUCGUUGCCGGUUACGUCUGUGCCAAAAAUCAUAGUGAGCCAAAGCAUAGUGUCAAAUGCAUCAGUUUUACCAACAUCGAGCACUUCGGUUGCAUCAAUUCUUCCAGCAUCAAGCCUGGGAACGGCCAAGUCAUCGUCUGUUCCGACUGUGUCGACCGCAAAGUCCUUGAGCAAUAUUUUGGCGACGAAAGUUGUGUCUAGCUCAUCCAACUUAGCUCCCAGGAUCAUGAGUGUCAGCUCUCAGGCAAGGACGCUGGGGGCAAACUUGGCUCCGAAAAUAGUCUCAGCGAGCUCUUCUGGCUCAAAAGUCGUCACUGUGAAUUCAACUGGGCCAAAGAUCAUCACAGUUAAUGCUUCGUCAGGCAUUAAAACAGCUUCAGACUCUGUUUCAAGCGUUGUAUCUGCAACACUAAGUAAAAUGCCGCCUGCGAAAGCCAACUCCAACAAGCCGCUUGGAUCCAGUGAAAACCCCAUUCAGUUAGUACAGCACGGACAAACAUUCCACAGCAUGCAGUCACUGAGUGAUAGUCAGUUGCGACAGAUAGCAACAGUACUCCAGCAACAGAACUUGGAUGCCACAUCGAGGAGUAAGAACGUACUGUAUGAUGCAGAGACCAAGACUCGCAUAAUCUACAGGGUGGUGUACCCGGAGGACCUGGACAUAGGCGAUCCCGGGUCCCCGUCGGACAUCCGGCCGUCUCGAGGCCGGGGGAGACGCGGCCGGCCCCCCAAGUCGGGCUGGCGGGCGCCGGGGAGAGGUUACGACAGCAGUCGCUCCAUAGACCUGGAUCUGGACGAGGAUCGCCUUCUCGACGACAGCAGCAAAGGGGAGCGCAAGAAGCAGCUGCCGCGAACCCGCUCGGGCCGGCUGUCUCGGCCGCCGCGCCACAUGGUGAAGGACUACAAGCGGCUACACCACCUGGACUUCGCGGACGCCGACCUUGACGACUCGGACGGCGGCUACUCCGACUACCAGAUGAGCGAGCACGAGGAGGUGGACGAGAAGGAGAAGCUGCCCGAGGUCAAGGAGCUGCUACCAGGUUUGGUUGUACGGAAACGGAAGAUCUCGUCGCAUUUCCGCUGUCCCACGUGCCAGAAGAUAUACCUGGGCCACUCCCGCAUGGCGAGGCAUUUCGAAGCAUUUCCCGACCACGGCAGCAUAGACCAGAUCCAGGUUCCUCCGGCGCGAACUGAGUUAAAACCGGAUAUUGGGACCAUCAACGGCUUGAUGCGGACAGGGCCGGGACGAAGAAGAGGUAAAAGACGCGGGCCUUGGGCGCAUCUGAGCCCGGAGGUGCGAUCUCAGCGACGGAAAAUAAGGCUCAAGGAGCUGCUGGCGACGUACACGGCGGAGGAGCUGGCGGAGGUGUGCGGGCCGGCGGUGGCGGGCCUGCUGCCCCUGUGGGACCUGCUGCUGAUGCGGGCGGAAGCCGUGCGCGCGGACGACACCUGCCUGGCCGCCGUGCUGGAGGAGGUGCAGGCGCUGCUGGGGAGGCUGCAGGCGGUCGCCGGGGACGUCCUGCUGCCCGUCGACGACCCCGCCGGCCGCCGGCUGCACCGGCUCGAGAUCCAGGACAAGACUAUCUGUGCGCUCCUGGAUAUUCCUUGUGGGGUCUACGCAGUGGACGACAGGUGUUUGCGGACUCGAGAUCAACACGUUUCCUUCGACGGUGAGCCGUACGGUAAGCGUUCCAAACUCAUGGAAGAAGACGAGGAUGUUUCGGAAGGUGAUGAAAAACUGGCCACUGGUCAGAACGAGCUGGAUUGUGAUGCGAGGGUCACGAACUUCAGCCUCGACACGGAGCUGUCGGAGCGGGACAAAGACGGGGACGUGGAAAGUGCCACCGCAAAGACCGCUGAGGAAGAGAGCGAGUUUCUGCUGCAGUCGUCGGAACACGUGGACGACGAGGACGGCGCUGCGGAAAGCGACGAGCUCCCGGAGAGCACCAACACCAGCUCGCAGUCGUUCUCGGAUCCGGACCAACACACCAAAGCCUUGCAGACCGUAGACGAGAUAGUAAAUGAGAGUUUGAAGAAUUUAGAAUUCAGCGUCAGCGACAUGGUUCAUGUCCCUCAGCGCAGCUCUUCUCAUCGAGAUGAUGGAGGUGAGAAGGAUGCCACCAGCAAGUUCUCAGUGUCAUCUUAUGACCCGGAAAUUUCUCUUGGUGCAAUGAGGGAGGGAGGCAGAACAUCCUGUGGGCUUGAGGAUCUUAACGACGUUAGUGGUGACUCCAGAACUUUGUACGAUUCACGUGACAGUCGCAGGGAGAAAGUAGGGCUACAAACGGGCAAAGGUCAUAGUUCAUUUGUUGGGUCAUCGCAUAUAAACAGAAUCGGUAAUAGUGUUAAAUUCAAAAAAGAGUUACAAAAUGAAGUUUCUCACACUGAUACAUCAUUCUCAGAAAAUGCUUCCUCACAUGACUUGACCAUGCAUGAUGAUGUAGAUCAGAACUUGCAUGGCAGAACUCACAACGAUAAGCAUGAUCGGUAUAGGAAUCAUCUUCGUCAUGUGAGAGGUAGCGAAGAGGCAGUGGAAUCAUAUGAUUCAGAGAUGGCAUUGAGGACAGUUGAAGAUGAUCAGCCAGUUUCGCCAUCAAAAGUUGACCAACUGGAAUAUUCUCCAAGUGUCAAAAUGGAAGUGAGCGAGGGUGAAGGGACACCCACGUACAUUCUCACCGGAAUCGUCGAGGAAAACGAAGAAGAUGGCGAGGUGACACAGGAACAUUUCAGUUUCCAUCAGGAGAUGAACGAAGACGGUGCGAGCGUGGACUUCAACACGGAAUUAGGUUUACCUAGCAUCAAAGACGAUGGAGCGGCAUCUGUGAAAGCAGAAAACGGAAGUUCUAGUUCGUUCGUCCCCGAGAUGGCGGAGCAAGUCAAGUGCGAGGAGCCCGCGGUCAGUUCGACAACGUAUCGCUCGCAGCAGCAGGCUUCCGCGAGCGAAUCGUCGGGGCAGAUGUUCGGACCCGUGGAGACCCUGGCGGACAUGGGCGGGGCGGACCAGGAGGGCAAACCCGCGACGUUCCAGCCGAGCGAGAACCCCCUGAACACUAGGCCGUUCCACUCGAGCGUCGGCCCGUCGAACGGCAGGCAGUUCCAGCUGCAGUGCGGGUCGGAACCGGACUUCAUGGAGGUGAGCCUCGACGAGUCGGGCCCCGAGCUGGACUUUGAGGCUCUCAGCGAGGAGUUCAACCAGAACACCAGGCACAGCUGAUCCCGAGUGAAGCGGUCUCCUUCCUCGUCCCCGAGCGCACACACGUGAGCUUCCUUUCCCGAGAAGGUUGCGCGUGCAUCUUCCGACUGUGGCACUCCUUUCUGUCCAAAGCAAAGUUACCAAUGUUAACUAACCAUAGUUGGGGUCGCCCUGUCAAUAGUUGUGAACACGAGAACAUAACGCUCAGUGUGUUGUGUGGCUUUGACUACCUGCCAUAUUGUACAAUAUGUGGUCACACGUAAGAAUAAUGAAGCUUUCGUUUAUUACCUUUAAAAAUGUGCAUUGCCGUAUACACGUACUUGCAAAAGAGUGCAGAAAAAUGACGUGAUUAAUGCCACGUAAACUUUAUAAAAUCUGGUAUAGCAUCUUACUUUCAUCUGGGUGUAUAUAUGUAGAAUAAAUAGUGCUUGUUUGUAGUAGUUUUAGUGUACAAUGUUUUAUAUUCAAAUAGGGGUGAGAAGAAGGUCUUUGAAUUAGUUGACAUUUUUUGGGUUCAGAAUAUUUGUUUCAUUUUGACCAUUUUUACAGACAAGAUUAUUUAUGCACUUGUAGUAAUUGAUAAGUGAUGCUGAUGAAUCUGACUGACCUUAAUUGUUAAUAUAAGAAUCUUUCAGGCAUGUAUAGAAAUAUAAGUGCACCUACUUUGCAUUUAGAAUUUUGGAACUCAUCAAAAGGAAUACAUUAUUCUAAAAUGAUUAUGCUAUCAGUCCAGUGAUAGUGUCAAAUUAUUAUUUUAUAGUUCUUUGUGUUAAGUCUGAAUUUAAAUCCAGCAAAAAAAAAGGAUUCUUUUCAUUUGGUGAAACUUGUAAUAGAUUUCUUAAUUUUUUUUGGGGGUCUGUUAUUACUAUAAAUUAAAUCACUUUGUUUACAUACGGUGUGUCUACAGGUCACGAAAGACAUGAAAGAGUAACCAAACAAAAGGACUGGUCACAAUAGUUACAUAAAAGUUCCAAAAUAAACAGUACGGCUGUUGGAAGUCACAAAACUUUAAUUUUCAGCUGCCUUUUGCUAAUUUACAUGUGGUUUUUUGACACUGCACUUCAGUGUACAGUUGCACUAGCACAUCAAAUUUAAAUACUUGCAGACUAUCCAGUUAAAACAUGUGGAAACUAUUGCUGAAAAGUUUUUAACUUUCUAACAUAAAAAAAUAAGCAUAUUCCUGCAAAUAGUAGAGCCAUUUCCUAUUAUGUUUUAUUUUGCUUAUUGUAAAAGAUAAAUGACCCUGUGAUAUAAAUUAUAAGAAAAAGACUAUUUAAAUGUUCUGUAAAAGUUCUGAAAUUAUUUCACCAGUACAAAAGGAAGUACAUACUGUAAACAUGAGAGAUAAACUGAAAAACAGAUACUUUCAAGCAGUGCGCAUGGGCAAAACCAAUGGUGUUACUGUCGGAUAAAUAAUUAAAAAAUGUGAAGUUAAGUGCUUAUGAGUGUGGGAAUAAUUUACUUGGUGCUUGUGAUUUGUAGUAGAGCAUGAGCUGAUUUUGUAUUUACUUGCUGAGAAAUUAAUUAAUUAAUGAUGGAAAAGAAUAUUUGUACACAUUUGUAACUUGUUUUUCCAGGAAGCAUGUAUGGUAGAUGAGUGAAGUACUUAGGCAACUAGAAUGGUCAGGGGAAAAAAAUCUUUGCAGGUUAAUCAAGUUAGUAUUAUUUUGCUUCUUUUAUGACCAUGCCUUGUUCAAUUUUUGAAGUUAGCAAUCAGAGAAAAAUGCAUGUUCCUUCAGUGCAUGUAUACGAAGCUUUUAAAACAGAGUUAUUAAGUUUUUUUUGAAAUGUUAAAUCAGAAAAUGCUAUUUUGAAUGGCAAUUUACUUUUUGGCCAAAGGAACUGCAGUUUACUAACUUCAGGCUGUAUUUCACACGGCCAGUUGAUUAAUUCAUUUUCUUGUCAUUAUUAUUAAGGGAUUUUCCUGUAAAUUUAUCUUGCAUUUGUUUGACCAUAAAUUUUUCUCCACAGACAGUUACUGAAAGUUAUUUUCGAUUUGUUAUAAGGUCACAGAAGUGAUCAUAAUUAUUAGGAACAAUAAAACCAAAAUAACACUGUAAAGCAUUUCAAUACACUAUAUAUAUAACACUGAAAUGUGAGUUAAUACACCAUAAACCACAAAAUGCAACUCAAUUCAUUAAAUUAAUCAGUAAUUUUAAUGAAAACUUAAUGUAGUUUAUUUAGCAUUAAGUUUGUACCAAAAUGUAUGUAUAAUAAAAAGACUUAAUUUUUUAAAAUUUAUUUUGCAACUGUUAUUAGUAACUCAUUUUUACAUUACAACAUUGGUACAUUUUUCAAAAUUUUUAAUAGUUGCUGUUUAUUUUUAUUGUUCCAAAUGGUUAGAGAUGCUUACUACCAAUUAUUAUUAUAUUGUAAAAGUGAAUUUUGUAUCAGUCUUAACACCACUGUUUUGUGAAGCAUUCAAGUGUCAUAGUUUUGAAUAAUGUGGUAUCAUUAUGAACAAAACAGAAUUCAUAAAAAUUAAAAAACAAAAACACCGAAAUCUCCUAUGUUAUAAACAAAAUUAGCCUUAAAAUAAGAACAUAAAAAAAAUCUGGUCUCUAAUAAUUAUGAACACUUAUUUGACUUUUUUUUUUUAUAGAUAUUAGAUAAUGGUUAGUAAAUAUCUAUUGAGAAAAUUUAAGACCAAACUUAAAAUGCAAGGCACCCAUUGCGAUAAAUUUACAUGAAUAGCCCUCUAUUAAUAGUAAUGGCAAUAAAAUAAAAUAAUCGACCACAAAAAGCUGAUCACCAAUGGUGAUGGUGCAUUUUGAACAAGGACUUCAAGCCAAAAUGUUAGUGCUUGUUACGCCUCUGCGAAGCUUCGACUAAGUGAAUCAAUCGAAGCUCUUUUUAAUAUUUGAUUUUACUUUGCUCGGAAAUGUGCUAUUCGUUUUAUAUGAAGUUUUGCAUUUGAUGUGAAGCUGGGAAUUUGUUGCAGAACUUUAAAACAUGGAAGCUUAAGAUUUGCUCGUGAAAAUACAUAUCUAGCUUUUUGUGUAUGUUUGUUUUGCACAAAUAAGUUGGUUACUUGAAAAAAAAAAAUCAAAUGUGGCACUCAGGUUUCUUUUCAUAAAUGCUCAAUACCUAUUUAUAUUAUGCAUGGAUGGUUUAUGGUUUUUAUUGAUAUUAUAUACAUAUAUCAGUUCAUGCAUUACAAACAUUAAAAUAUAUAUAUUUUUUUAUUUCAAUCCAGUAUUUUAUAAAAUGUAUGUGUACACAGCUUUGCUGAGAACAAUAUUAACAAUUUGAUUUGACUUCACCAAUAUUUUAAACAUUCAAUUUGAUAUUCGCUUAGCAUAUAAAAAAAAACUAUGUAUUGUUCACAUAGACCUAGUGUUUGUUCAGAUUCAGCUGAUAACUUCCACUUUGCAUGCACUCACCAUAUGUCAGUAUGUACCUGUAAUAGAUUUUAAGGUCACUGGAUAAUUAAUUUUUUUUUUGCAAACAAUUUAAUUUGUAAGUUUUCAGCCUGUCAUGCUUAGCUGUAUUAUAAUAUGCAUGAGAUUUUCUCAUGUUAUAUAACAUACAGUUUGUAAAUAAUAUAGUUUAAUUUUUUUUACUGUACAUAUUAACGGUUUAGUUUUUGUGAUGUACAUUUUGCAGCGUUGUGUGAAAAUCUGAAAAUUGUACCACAAAGUUGUAGCAUUUCAGAAAUGUAGGUUUCAUUCAUAAUGUAUGUGGAUGUUCAUGUAACUUUGUCUUAAUGACUAACCCACAUUGGGUUUUAUGUUGGUUAUCUUGGCCGUAGAGAAAUUUAUCAUCUCACUUCUUGCAGAAUUUUCAAAUUUUGGCCUAGUUUAUGAACAAACCAACCUAUCAUUGUCAUCUUUUUUUAUAAAAUGGUGUUAAAAAAAUUAAUAAUUUAUGUUGGUAAUAAGUUAAUUUUUCACUUAAAAUAAAUACAUUGUUUAUAUUGGUUGCUUUAAUCAGUAUUUGUUUUUCUCUGGACAGACUGUAUUAUUUUCUCACUAUGUUUGCUGCUGAGAGAGAUAGUUUUUGUUAUUUUGCUUUAGCUCAAAAAUUGUUUGAAAUCCCAAACUUUUUGCCAGUAGACAAGUAAUGUUGUAUUUAUUAAAUAAUUCUUUUAGUGUGCAUUAUUUUGUAUUAUUUGGUAUGUGUAGAGAGAAGUAAAAUAUUUACUAAGAUUGCUGUAGGUGUCUUCAACUUUCUUCGGCAUGGUUUCUUGUAAUAAAUAUUUUUUUCUCUCAUUUUAUGUCACUGGUUUGCAUUGUAUUGUUAGAAGGUAAUGGAAACAUAUUUAAGUACCAAAGAUGUCUAAAAAUUAAUUGACGUUAAAAGAGAUGGUGGUUGUUUCUGAAUAUUUUCUUAAAGAGUGUUUCAAAAGGUCCUUGAAAAGUGCAUUUUAUUUGAAGGGGCAUCAGCCAUUUUUUGUUGGCCUUCCAAAUAGUUGCAAGGACAGUGCAGCCUUUAGUGAAAACUCAAAUGGUUCGUGACCUUUCAUGCAUUCUUGUGGUUUUUCAGUGGCUUGUGGCACUCCCUUUUGUGGAAGUGUGACCAUAGUAGUUGAGCCAGCUAACUGGUGUCCAGGUUUUUUUCUGUUUUUGUGUUAUUGUCAAUUGAUAAACUUGGAACAGGAGCAAAUUAAAAAAUUGCUUAGAAAUUGAUUGUGAAGAAUAUGUAAACACAAACAACUAACCAUUGAUAAUGUACAUAUUUCUUUUUUGAUACACCAUGUUGUGUUAGUGCCGAGAUAAUUCAGAUAUCCUUUCAUAGCAAGUUUCUCACUAAAUGCAUUGAUGAAGGACAUAUUGUUACUAUUAGAAAAUGGCCAGUGUAUGAAAAAAACCCACACAAAACUCCAUAAAAUAGCAUAAAUUACUAUAAUUUUUAUGAAUGCACAGGUAUUGUGAUGAAAAUUAAAAAAUUUGAUAUCUCCUAAAGUAUUUGGAAUUUAUCUCGGCCGGGUUUAAUGAAAAGAAGAAGUUAAAGAGCACAGAAUAAAAGUAUUUUUGGAUUAAAAAAAUUUUUUUUUUAACACAUAUUGCCCAACUACAUAUUUACCAAAUAAAUUUCUGUGAUUUCUUUGCAUAGUUAGUUUGUAAGUUCUUGUGUGUACUGUUUUGAGCCUCUGCUUUUUUUUUGUUUAAAUUUAAAAAAAUGUGUUUAAAGAUCUCAAUACCCAUAGUCAGUUCUUACAACAUUUUGCAGUUAAAUUAAUUGCACGAUUAUGCAUUUGUUCCAUAAUCAAUAAGUUAUAAUUUAUGUAUUUUUAAUGCUGCCUUUACCAUUAUAAAAAUAUUAUUAUUUGAUUUUUGCCAGAAGAGAUGAUAUAUGAACCUGCCUACCUUGUAUGUAUUGCGCAUUUAAUUUUUAAUUUUGAAAUUCAUUGACUCAUACAAACUUUAAAUAAGUAUUAUAGGCCAAAAUUGAAAGGGCUAUUGAAAAAAGUGAAAACAUGGAAAAAAAAAUUUUACUACACACAAAAACUUUUACACCAUUUUAAACCACUGAUACCACCACCGAUACCCGAUGCUACAUUUAUGUAUUUAUCAUUUACAUACACACCCACCCCUCAAAAUAAUGCUCUAAUUAGUUCCAGGAAAAUAGUGUGUUAAUCGUUUUGCCCAUAAGAGGGUAUGUUAAUCAAAGUAAUUAGUUUUCCAAUCAGGUAAGUUUGCCUGCUGACUACCAUUUUAAUCAAGGCAAUGCUUCAGUUAAGAUUAAAGAUUAAUUUGCAGUACAAAUAUACGUCUAUAUAUAUUUGAAGUACAUAUAAAAAUGUUGAAUAACAUUUUGAGACUAAACAACCUAAAAUUAAAUUUAAAAAAUUAACAACCACAUUGUUUACAUACUGUAAUAUGGCUUGAGCAUAGCAUUCCUAAGUAGGCGCUAACUACAUUUCUGAGUUACAAAAUAAUAAUGUUAUUAAUGUAGAAGAUAUAUUUCAGUUCUAAUAAGAAUUUAAAAAGCAUAAACUGAAUGUUUUUUAUUAUUAAAUCGGUUAACAUAAUUCCAAUGCCCGACUUAUUUACCCAUUUCAUGUCUGCCGUGAUUUGCCAUUAGCGCAUAGUAGUAAAUGCAAGGUAAACUAGUGUUGAAACAUUGGAAGCUUCUAGCAUUACUCUCCAGAGAUCCUGCUGACAUGCGGGAGGCAUAAAAUAAAUGUUGGCUGAACACGUGGGCUUCAUCAAAAAUAAAUACACAAUGAAGGAAGCGAAUAGCUAUCAAGGAAAGAGUAAAAUAUAGUUUUGUUGAUUCAUCACGUUAUUAAUGUGUUGCAUUGUAUUUAAUGCUACACAAGUGCUAUUGCCAUUGUGUGCCCAUGGAAAUAACAAUUCACGUAAGAAAAAACAGCGCUACUUCGAAUCUUGACUGCGCUACUCAGAAUCUUGCCGUGAUUUAUUGGCAUCAUUACUUCAAAACUGCACUAAUCAAACAGCAUUACGUUGAGGGGCGGGUGUAAUAUAUAUUUAACAUUUAUAAUUACUGGCCACACUUUAUAAACAAUAGAAACAUAAUUUUUUUUAUUAAUUUGUUAGUGAAUACCAUUAUGUUGUUAUAAAAUAAAUACGUAAUCUAAAAUUAAAGCAAGCUCUAGGAAAGACUCUACAUCUCGUAUUUAUUAGGUAAACAUAAUGUUAUUUAUUCAUAGUUAACUAGCAGGCACUUAAUAAUUAUGUAUUAAUAUUUGCCUUUUUAAAAACACAAGUUGAUUGAAAUUAUCUGGCAGCGAACAGCGAAGACGAUCUGUGAUCGGUCACAAUCAUAAAACAAAGCAAGUAUUUGAAAAACUAAUUUGUUCAGGUAAUUUUUUUUUCUGUGCCACUGAUACCUUGUGAUUGGCUGAGAUCUGAUACCAGUAUCUUGUAUCGGAACAGCCCUAGUUUUGUACGAGUUCGUUAGUCAAAAGUAACACAUCAUCUUGAUUCCCUCUCGCCAUGCGCCAUCUGUGUGAUGUUCCUUGAAUUCCCAGCACAGCAUGCGGAACUAUCACAUGACAUUGUCGCUGCACACCCAAUUCAGUCUGUUCUGUAGCCUUCCGCUAGCAGCUUGCGGCAAAAAUGUGGCGUGCAUUGAUCCGCUGCUUCUCAAUGUUGACUGACCAGCCAUUCAGAAGGUAGGUCUGAGAUUGGUGCUUGUAAUCAACAGAUCCUGUAGAGGCUGGACUGUAACUUAUUUAUUGAGCAAUGAUGCUUUAAAAUUUCCCAAGAAAAUGUCUUGCUUUUCCAAAGUAAAAUUUAUUUUCAGCAGGUAUUAAAAAUGGAUUAUAAUCAUUCUGAAUUAGUGAAAUAAGCGAAAAUCGGUGAUUACAUCUGUAAGGGCCAAAUUGCUGUACUACUGUCAUAAUUAUUAUACUACCACUACUAUUUAUUUCUAAACGUACUAAUGUGUUAUAAUUUCACACUACCCUCAGUGGCAAAGCUUUAUCGUCAUCUCUGAAAUUUUAUAAUGCAAACACGUCUGUAAGACAACAUAUGUGUAAUCUAAUACAGCUCAAAAGUAACUAAAGAACUGAAAUUUUCUUCAUACUUGAUGGCCAAAUGUGACUUUUAAUUUUUGAAUUUUUUUCAGUUAUUAUUAUUCCCCCCCCCCCCCCCCCCCCCCAAUAUAAUGUAAUAUUGCCAUUUCAAUGUUUUCAAAAGGUAUUUUCAAGUCUGCAUUGUCUUCCACUGUGCCCUAGUUGGUGUUGCGAUGGAGCACAAACCUUGUAAAUUACGUAAUUAAGUUCAAUUCAUUCUUCGAGGUUCCCUGGUAACUUUUACUCUCUGCAAAGCGCUAGGUAGGCAUGGACCAAGGCUGCUACCAGACUAUCACGCCAUUAGUGUUAGUGAGACCAUGUAUCACAAAGAUCCUACAAAUCUAUGGGCACAUUUAUUAAUCAGUUGCCCCUUUAUGCUUACGUUAUGUUUAUGUUAGUCAUUCAGACAUGCAAAGGGGUACAGUGGUUGGAGGUUCUGAUCGCUUGCCUGGCAGUAUUAAAUCCAGAUAUUUUUUAUCCGCCUUGUAAGGAAAUGUGGGGGGCGUUGCAGCGGAUUUUUCUAGUGUAUUCCCCAUUUCCCCAUGCCCAUGCAUUCUGUCAAUGAUCCGUUCUUGUCCCGCAACCUCUCACCGUCUUGAUGUCGAUCCGAUGUUCAACACUAAUGCAGUUAUUAUUCAUUUAUUCGUACAUACAUGCCGGAGAUGGUAGAACUUCCGAGAGCUGGGCUGGAAUCUCGGACAGUGUCCCAGCUGAAGAAAAGAGUUUCGAUGAGUGCUGUAGUAACUCGUCAGUGGUCCGUGCACUAGUGUGGAUUUCUAGAACAGCCUGAAAUUUUGUGUUUUCACUUUAGAGAUUUUUUUUUUUUUACAAUUUUUCUUCGUUCUUUGUUAAUUUAAUUUUUUUUCUGUGAUUUUCGACCACGUUUACCCGAUCUUAAUGGCAAUGGCUGUUGCAUUGUUGAUGCUUUGCGUAAUUUACUUUCAGAUCUUGAAAUAGUUUUUCUUGUAAUAAUUAUUGCUGUCAUAAUAUUGGCACAGAAUUGGUUAAGUAAAUGUGAAUUUGAAGAAGUUGUUCAAUCCAAGAUGGCACCUUUGGUUUUAUAUUUCUUCCGGUUUUUAUUUUGUUUCAUAUGUUGGUUCGUGAAAUUCAAUUCAGUUUGCUUUCCAUUCGAGGCAUGCCCACGAGGAGGGGCAUGUCUAAUGAGCAGUCGAGUGUGUUCUGGCAGGUUCAGGACUUUGGUCGUACUGAAACAGUGAACUAAAUAGUUUGUGGAAAUACAAAAGAAAAUCAAAAAUACAGUACAGUUAAACCUCGCCCAUCUGGAGUAACUGGAGCCAAAGGCAAUCUGGACAAACGAAAAUACGGAUAACCCACGUAAUAUGGGUGACGUGUAAAAUAACGUUUUUAAAUAAGCACGCUUACCAUUUACUAUGGUAAAAGACUAUGUUUUGUAACAAAAAAAUACAUAGUAUGCAUGCCCUACAUUAUUUAAAAGUCAUUUAAAAAUAUAAAACUAAUUUUUCACAAUAAUUUCUUAACAUAGAAAUUUUGUCAACUUCUGUUUAGUAGGGCGUAUGAAUCAAGCGUUGUCAGGUACAUUGUGUGCUAACCGUCUCUGUUUGCAUAGAUGUACAAUUGUCAUUUUUAUGUGAACAUUAAAUAAAAUGUCUACAAAUCUGAUUAGGAUCGAGUGCCCAAGAAAAGAGGUUUUACCUUGUAAUGAUAUUUAAGUAAUUUGGAAUAAGCCAACUAAGGCCCUGUUGUUUCUCUCUGAUAUCACGUUGCUUCCACGGUCAAGCAACGCCCGAAUUCACCCAGAAUAAAAUCAGAACGCGAAUGACUCACUCUGCACGGGACUACAGAAUUUGCCCAACCAAAGUAUGGCGGAUUAGAGAUUGCCAUCCAUCGGCUUUCUUGCUGAAAUGAUUGCCACAGAAGCAAGUUAACAUCUUUUAUAUUCAGGAUUAGAGACAAGAUUUCAAGGUUUUAUUUUUACCCCAAUUUUGUUUUUAAAACAGAAUUGUUAUUUUUUUAUUUUUAUAAAAGCUGUUUUGUAAUACGUAUUCCACCAACAUUUAUACGCUGCAUUCAUUGGUCUAAACAGGUACAUUCAGAACAACAAAAAUAAAUAAUGAACUUUUGUGCUUUAAAAAUGUUCCAAUAAGAAAUGCACAAUAAAACAAAUUAAAUUAAUUUUUCCGAUCUAUGCACUUUGGUACAAUUUUUUUUUUGUGGAAAUGACAUUCUUUUAAUUUCAGACAUCAAAAGAUUACUUUUUUUUUAAUGAUCUGAAAAUAAGUUUGGGUUUAAUGCUACUUAUCUCCACGAUAUAACUUGCAUUUCGGUACUAGUAUUUGGUGUAUUAUCUUGCAUUUUGGUGUUGUGUUUUGGUUUUAUUGCAAUUAAAAAAAAAAUAAUUAACUAUAUAUUACUGUCCCCAUUCAUGAUUAAUAAUAAUACUUCUGAUAAAAAGUUUGACGUAGCUUGAAAUUAAAUCUUUUGCAUGUACCGGUCAGUUUACUUAAAAAAGAGAGGCUCCCUAUGGAUAAUGCAUUGCUGAAUAGAUGCUUUCAGUGUUAAUAUGUAGUUUAUAUUAUUAAAUUUUGUGGAGUGGUUUACAAGUGAUUCCUCAGUUACAUUUUUUUUUUUUCAGUGACUGUAUCCUUUCUGCAUAUUGCUGUGGUUUAUCAGGCUGGCCAACGAACUGCGUACUGACUUAAAAAUGUUUUGUACUGUAGUACUGAAGAGCAUGACUGUGCUUAUGGGAAGGGUUUGUAAUUAUUUGAACAGUUUAUUGUUCAAACAACUGGACAGUGUAUUUGUGAUAAGUUUAACAGUAUUUGUUUUGUCAAAAAUAUUUGAUUGCACAUUUGUUGGUUAGAUGAAUGCGAUAUGGUGUAUUGUUAAAGAGUACAAAUUUGUUUUUUAAUUCUUUGUUGAGAGUGAUAAGUAUUUUGAACAAAAUGAGCAAUUUGCACAAAAUUGUGAUCCCAUUUACUUUCACGAAUAACAUGUUUAAAUUUUUUUAUGGGGUGUUAAUGUUUUGGUGAAUUUACGUAAAAUAUGUAAAAAUGUUCAAAUUUAAACUACAAACUUACCUAAUAAAUAGCUUGUUUUGCCUGUUAACAUACUGGAAUCUCAUAUGUAUCAUAACAUUGAAACAAUUUUCAUUUCUGUCAGUGUACAAUAGUUUACAAUAAUAUGUAGUGAUUUAUAUUUUGGCUAAACAUAUUUUCUAUAAAUUCUUGAUUUAAUUUGUUGUGUCAAGGUAUGAUAAUUGUAAAUAUUUACAUACAACAGUUGCAAAAUUUGUAUGUUUCAGGAACAAUAUUGUAUAUUGUUGACUAAAAAUUUGUAUUGCAAAUAUGUAAAUUAAAUGGAGAUUUAUUUAAUGAA